AUGGCUGGCUACUUGCCACCGGGCUUUCCCUUCAUUCCUCCACAGCCGCCGCCGCGCUCUACGUGGUCUCCGCCACCGCCCCUGAUAUCGCCUAGGCAGUUUUCGCCGGAGCCCAGAGACAACAACGCGACGUCCCCCGGCGGGGUCAUCGCAGGCGUCGGCAUCUCCAUCGGUGCCUUCCUUCUCGUGCUCUCCUUCGUGUGCAGCCUCUGCCAAGGGUACCGCAACAGCCGCGCCAAUGCCGCGGCCGAGGCUGCCGCAGCGGCUGCCGCCCUCGCUGCGCGGCCGCAGGCGCCACCACGACCAGAGCCCUGGGACAACGAGGAGCGGUGGCUGCGCCGCCACCACAGCGACCGUGAGGACGGCCCCACACGACGCGCAAGCCCGACGGCGGGCCUCCCGUCGUUCACGUACAACCGAGCGGUGAGGCACAACGUGACGAGCGGCGGGGACGAGGCGGCGACGUGCUCCGUGUGCCUCGGCGCGUUCCAGGCCGGGGAGACGGUGCGGCUGCUGCCGCUGUGUCUGCACCUUUACCACGUCGAGUGCAUCGACCCGUGGCUUGAAGCGCACUCGACGUGCCCGCUAUGCCGGUCGGGCACUGACGACCCGACGAUGCACGGCGGCCUGCUCCCGCCGGUUUAG